AUGUACCUCAAAUUUACAUAUGGUCCCAAUUUUUCGCUAACAAGGUGGGACUGGCGAGACGAUAUAUCGUGCUACUUCGAUACAGAUAAUAAUUUAACAUCGAUCGCUGAUAUGAAUCCGGCCGGUCGAUCGAUAUUCUUUAACGACCCGACGUGCAACAUGCGACUUUGGGACCCAAAAGAUUCGUGUGUCAUUGAAUCCGCUGCGAGGGCUCAUUGGAAUUGGGAAGUGUACGUCCUUUUCAACAACCCGAUUUCUAAAGAAGAAAUGAAUGAUAAUGACGCCUUAAAAGUUCUCAUGAAGAUUCCAAACGUUAAGUUCGCAAGAGUGAACAUUGAGGAAUAUUCAAUGGGGACCCCGGCUGAAGGCUUCGUGUCUAGCGGAGCAUUAAACGAUACCGCUUGCCCUAUAAUGUUGACGGAGGGCCUCGUCAAAUAUCUGACACUUUAUAAAUUCGGAGGCAUAUUCAUGGAGAAAGAUAUUAUUGUGACCAAGUCCUUGAGCUCCUUGCCCAGAAAUUGGGUGCCGAAACAGAAUGAGUUUUCUAUUGGUUCAGGAAUACUGGCUCUAUCCAAAAAUGGGAGAUCGAUAUCCGAAUCUGCGCUGAGACUACUCGUAAAGAAUCACAAGAAUCUCGACUGCGAAAACGGCGAGAAUGUCAUGGAAAAAAUUGUAGACCAACAAUGCUCAACGCCUGAUCCUCUCACAAAAGCAGCCGCGUCGUGUAAUGGAUUCGAAAUUUAUGGCCCGCAAUUCUUCUAUCCCAUACCAUCAGAGAAAGCGGGGGAAGUCUUUGAACCCGGCGAAUUACCAGGUUACGAAACGGCCUACACUUACUACCUUUGGAGCAAGCUAUCUAUCGGUGCUAGAUUUAUGAAGCGAAAUGGGUCACGUUACGGCAAAUUGGCGAAAAAACACUGUCCAAUUGUAUAUUCAUCGUUUACUUAUAAAUUUUAA